AUGUCAGACUUCGACGAGACACUCCGCUUUGGCGGCCCACAAGCGGACGACACUGAUGAUGCCGCUCGUAAGGCUGAAGAGCGAGAGCGUAAGAAGGCUGAGGUCCGAAAGAGGCUUGAGGAAGCUGGCAGCAAAAAGAAGGCCAAGAAGGGUUUCCUUACGCCAGAAAGAAAGAAGAAGCUUAGGAAACUCCUUAUGAUGAAAGCCGCCGAAGACCUCAAGCAACAGCAAUUGUUGAAGGCCCAAGAACGACAGAAGGCACUCGCCUCCCGAAUUAUCCCGCUUCCAGACGUCGAUAAAAUCGAAGACAAGGGUUCGUGGGAACAAAUUCUACAUAUGUAUGGGGAAAAUAGUUUGGAGAAAUAUGUAAGAAAAUUCCCAUUAUCAUUUCCGGUUGGGUCACUGGGUCUUAAGAUUGAGCUUUCUCGAGGCCACCCGUGCCACACCUUUUAUUCGAUCGAAUAUCGAUUUUCAGCUGAAACAAAAUAA